GUCCUAAAUGAUAAGUCCAGAAAUUUUCGUUCAUUCGAUACAAUAGGAAUCCAAAUAGUAUUAACAAAAAGUCGUAAAAAAAGUUAAAGUUUUUCCGCAAUUAUAUAUAGAAAGGCGUAAAUUUGCUGUUUUAGAUUUGUUUUGAAAUUAAAUUAUGAAACGGUUAAACAUAUGCGGCGCAUUUUUAGCACUCUCUGGCCCUGGUACUAAGGAAGACAUCAUCAUUCAGGUGGCCAAGCAACAGAACAUACGCUUCAACGAUCUGCCCCAGCUGCAGAAGGAGGUGGAUCGCGCGUUGGAGGAGAGUUUGCGUCUCGGCUUCGUGGACCGUCAAGGUCAGAUUUACAAGCUCAACGUGGACGUGCACGGCAAGGCGAGCCCAAAAAAUGCAACGAGCCACAAAACGACGGCAGCCAGCGCCGGCAUGGAAGCGGCCAUGCAAACGAAUCCGAUACUAGAGAACAAGACCCAUGGCCAAGGAGACACGCGCAGUCGUUCGUUGGUUGACAAUUGCAGCCGAAUCAAGUCUCGCACCUCCUCAUGCUCCGCAUGCAGCGCCUUGGACUACAUUACCCCUCAGGACAGGCGCAAGAACACCCAUUUUCUGGACAAGCAUUUGUUGCGCAAGGAAAAAAGCGUUUGCUCCAUCUGCGGCCUGAACAGCGAUAAGCGCGCUGCCGACGGUCAGGAGCCAGAUUCCACUACAAACAUUUAAGAUCGAUAUUAUUUUAAAAUUCGCACUUUUCGGCUCUAGUCAAAUUUUGAAGACUUUGGUUAACAUGAACCAGCCCAAUUAUAUUGGCCAUAAUUGAGCCAUAAACUUUUAUUAUUACGUGUAGCAAUUAUUUUGAUUCAUGCGAAUAAACACCUAUAUAAACCCAGAUGACAUUGGCUUUGCU